GCGUGCUCAAGUGCGCCCGCGGAGACGCAGCAGGAGUGGGCUGGAAACAACAGUGUGAGGUAUUGAUUGCAAGCUUGUUCAGGGGAACUGGGUUCUUACAUUUCAUGCGCUUGGAAUUGGUCGGAGGCUGUAGUUCUUUGAGGUGUUACACUAACAACCCCCAAAAAUCAUUAGAAUUAAAUACGAAUGAAAAAUCACCAUAUUUUGGUUAGGUUUGCACAUUGAAACAUCAGUUGGUUUUUUAUAUAUUAUUUUAAUCGUACGCACCUGCACGAGUUCCCUGGCAGCUCUUUCAUUGGAGGCAUUUAAAGAAGGGACUUCAGAGUUUUGCUGAACGAAUAUUUCACCAUGAAAUUACUACUGUCCAUUUUAGUAGUUUUUCUUGCUCUGGCUGAAGUAUUUUGUGAAGAAGUGGGCCAAAAUGAAGAUCUAAACCACUGGGCAAACAGUAUUCAAAUACAGGAUGAGUGGCUCGCUUCUGAUCCACUAAACGAGAUCCUGAAAAGAAUCACAAGGAAACCUCGGCCUCGUCAGUUUUUUGGUCUAAUGGGAAAGCGAUCCUACGCAAAUGCACAGAUAACCCGCAAAAGGCAAAAACUCAACUCUUUUGUGAGCCUGAUGGGGAAAAGAAGCCAGGAGGAGCCAGAUAUGUAUGAAUGGAGAAUACAGAACUAGGAUCAGCAAUGCUAAUGGAGAUUGUGUCAAUGUGUUCCCUGCUGUGUCACUCCUUAUGUGAGUGAGAGGUGCCUGGUAUUAAAUUGAUGUUUUUUGUUUUGUUUUGUUUUUCAAAUGAAGUUGUAUGAAUAAAUCUUUUGUUUUCUCAUUGUGGUGACUAUUUUACUCAUCAGAAACACAAAAAAAACAAGAUAUGAAAUGUUACAUAUUACAUGUUAUCUGCUGUAAUAAAGAGUGAAUUAUUUUAUUACUGCCCAUAAUGGAAUGCUUUACCCAGCUAACCUGGGGAAUUUGCAUAGCCAGACUCAUUUUAUUGCGCCUCAUUGUUUUUUGUUUGUUUUAAAUUAUAUGGUAGUGCACAGUCAUGUUUAAAUGUCACAGCAUGCCUGAUUGUUUUUUGUUAUGGUAGCCUACCGUAAAGACUCUGAUACCAAACAAAAUUGUAUUAUGUUUGUGAAAGUGAAUUGUUAUAUUAAAAUAAUUUUUCAUUUGA